AGCCCGACAAAAACACUCGGCCUCUCAUCGACUCGCCCCCGCACGAAGGGGCAGGCGACCGGCGACCUCCCCGGCGGCGCCUCUCCCCAGCGGCGCGCUCCCCCGGCAGUGGUCGCCUCCUCCGUCCUCCCCUCCACAUGCUGGGCAAUCAAUCCAAAAUUGAGCCGAAUGGAUCCUGCUGAAGUUCCCACGGGGAUUGAUCCAAGGAGUGCGUGUAGAUUAGAGAUCACUGUUAAUUCUUACUUCACCGUGCGGGAUAGUAGAAAGGAGUAUAAUCGGGGCAGGCUAGUAAGAUUCAUUGUUGAUUCAGAAGAAUACUCGAUCAUUGACCUGGAGAAAGAUAUUAAUUCAGAAUUUAAAUGUGGAAGUGACCAACAGGCAAAUUUCUGGGUUCUAACAGAGGGUAGUUUGACAUGCAAGUUGGUUUCAGAUGCGCAGUUUCUUGACUUGUUAAGGACAUCUAGAGUAGUGAAGUUGCUCAUGGUAGUGGGUAGACGUGAGCACAAUGUAGGAGGAGGGGAGAUGCCUGCAGCAAUGAGCAUAGGAGAGGAGGAGAUACCUAUUGCACUGAACAUGGGAGAUGAGGUUAUGCCUGCUGCAAUGAACAAUAAUUUGGAGGUACUAGAUGUAGAAUUUGCAUGGUCAGAAGUACCUGAAUACGGGGAAACAACUGGAGGGCCACCAAUGGUCGAUGAGGAAGAGAAGGACCACUUCAUCACUAUUGGGUACGAUCCUAAUGGAGAUGAGCCUGCUGGAGUAGAUGAGGAGUGGAGGUAUUUUAAAAAUGUUGAUCAUGUAGUUAUUGAUCCAGUCGAAAACCUUACAGUUCAGGUGCAGAAAAGAAAGAGGGCAAUGCCUGUUCCAGAAAUCAGAGACUUUGAUACUGAAGUUGUUCCUGAUGAUGAGGCUACUGUGCUUGAUGAUUUUAUUGUGUCUAACACAUCACAUGAUAAAGAGAAUCCAGUCAUUAAGGAGGGAGAUACAUUUGCAGACAAGAAUGCUUUUGUCCAUACUAUCAGACAGUAUGCCAUCAGAAAUGAAUUUGAGACUAGGAUUGAACAUAGUGACAAAGAAAGGUACAGGACAAGGUGUGCAGAUGAAAGUUGUGAUUGGAGAGUAUUUGCAAAGAAACUACAUGGUGGCAACACAUUCAUGGUGGUCAAACUCUCAGAAUUGGAUGUGCACACUUGUUCCAGCACAAGCAAGAUGAAGGGACGAGAGGCUUCCAUAGCUUGGAUAUCUCAAAAGGUGAAAGAUGUUGUAAAAGAGGAUCCUACUUUGGGUGCAAAGAAGUUACAAAAGAGAUUGGAGAAACACUAAUGGAGAAAAUUGCAGCAGCUAGUCCUAAAGCAAUUCCCUUUUUAGAUAGGCAUCACAAGCUGAAAUGGAGCAGAUCUAAAUUCUCUAAAGAAUGCAAGGUUGAUCAUGCGAACAACAAUAUUUCAGAAUGCUUCAACAAUUGGAUUAAAGAUUACAAGGACCUUCCGGUUGCUGAUCUGAUGGAUAAGAUUAGGGAGAAGAUCACAGAGAAAAUUUACACAAGGCAAGAGAUAGCUAAUAGAAUGGAAGGGCGUAUCCUGGCGAGUGUGUUACAUGAGUUAAACAUGAAGAGCCGAGGGCUGCAUUAUGAAAUCUUGAGGACUGGUGCAAUGUCAGCUGAGAUAUCAGGAAUAACGAAGAAGGGAAGAAUUGGAGAGUUCCUGUUGACAUUGAGAAAAGAACAUGUGGAUGUGGAUUAUGGCAGAUUUCUGGAAAACCAUGCACUCAUGCAAUAGCUCUGUUUGGGAAACUAGAAAAACUUAACAUUGAGAACUUUGUAGAUGACUACUAUUCCGUAGAGAGGUUCAAAGCAGCUUAUCAGUUUGUGGUCACUCCAAUGGGUGACAAGAGUCAUUGGCCAAAAUUUAACCCUGGGUUUAAAAUGAUUCCUCCAAAGUUGGAAAAGCCUCCUGGUAGACCAAGGAAGAAAAGAAUAAAGGCUAGUGGAGAGGCAGGGAAAAGAGGCCCAUAUCAAUGCAAAAGGUGCUUUCAGUUUGGACACAUAGAAAAAGGUUGCAAUGCUACUCAAGCUGAAUUAGAACAAGAGCUUCCGCCACCGCGUCCAAAAAACCAAAAAAGCAAAGGAAAUCCAAAUCUGAAGUUGUUGAAGUAGUUGAUGCUGAGCCAUCCCAAAAUGCCGCUGAUCCAAAAGUGAUAUCCAGUCCAGGUGUAACAACAAGAAGCAUGUCUUCUCUUUCUCCAACCAGCCCAUGUCCUACAACAAGGAGGAUGACAUCCAUCUCCCCUGGAGGAAUUAAUCGAAGGCUCAUUAUUUGCUAGAUUUAUUAGCUGUCAUUCUCUAUUUUGUGAGUGAAUUACUUGGCAUUCUCUAUUUUGUGAGCAUGGCCGUGCAAGUGGGGGCUUUUGUGCAACUCUAUGUGGUAUAGCUAUUUUACCGCUAUGCAACACUAUGCCAGAUUGUGGUACUUCUAUUGUGAUCUUGUCACAACUUGUUUCUUGAUGCAAUUAUGGUACUAAAAUGACAACAGAGUUGUGUUAUAUGUGC